AUGAUCAAACAGAUACUUGGUAAAAUACCUCGCAAGCCUUCAAAAUCUUCAGAGAGGGAUUCUAACGGUGAUGGUGAGUUGGUCAAUGGUAGUUCCAAUAGUGUAUUGAAAUCUAAUUCAACUUUUUCGAAAUCUUCGAGUUCUGGUUCGGGUGGGUUGUAUUCUGGGAAUGGGAGUUCUGCACCCUUGUCAAAGAAUUCGAAUAAAACAAACCAAGCUAAGAAGUUGAUUCCUGCAAUUGGACCUCACGUUGGUUCCAUAAUGGCUCUUGGUAAUGGAAAUGGAGUUUAUGAGGCUUUGCCGGGUUUUCGGGAUGUUUCUAGCUCGGAGAAGGCUAAUCUUUUUAUAAGGAAGUUAAAUAUGUGUUGUGUUGUAUUUGAUUUUAAUGAUCCCAGCAAGCAUCUUAAAGAGAAGGAUAUCAAGAGGCAGACUUUGCUUGAACUUGUUGAUUAUGUUUCUGCUGUGAAUUCGAAGUUCAGUGAAGCGACAAUGCAGGAGAUCACUAAGAUGGCAGCGGCAAAUUUGUUUCGAACGCUACCUUGUUCGAAUCAUGAUGGUAAGCUUGCAGAAGCAUAUGAUCCUGAAGAAGAGGAACCUGCAUUGGAACCGGCUUGGAGUCAUCUGCAGAUUGUGUACGAAGUUCUAUAUAGGUUUGUGGCUUCGCCAGAGACGGAUGCAAAGCUUGCUAAACGAUACAUUGAUCAUUCAUUUGUAUUGAGGCUGAUUGAUCUCUUUGACUCUGAGGACCAGAGAGAAAGGGAAUACUUGAAGACUAUUCUCCACCGUAUUUAUGGGAAGUUCAUGGUACACCGCCCAUUCAUUAGAAAAGCGAUCAAUAACGUCUUUUAUCAGUUCAUAUUUGAGACAGAAAAACACAAUGGAAUUGCAGAAAUGCUGGAGUUUUUGGGGAGUAUAAUUAAUGGAUUUGCUUUGCCUUUGAAGGAAGAGCAUAAGCUGUUCCUUAUCCGUGCAUUGAUCCCACUUCACAAGCCAAAGUGUGUCUCUAUGUAUCACCAACAGCUUUCUUAUUGUGUUACACAGUUUGUUGAGAAAGAUGUCAAGUUAGCUGAUACUGUGAUCAGAGGUCUUUUGAAAUAUUGGCCUGUAACUAAUAGUGCAAAGGAGGUAAUGUUCCUUGGUGAACUGGAGGAAGUUUUAGAAGCCACUCAAGCAGCUGAAUUUCAGAAAUGCGCGGUGGGAUUGUUUCGUCAAAUUGCUAGAUGCCUUACUAGCCUACACUUUCAGGUGGCUGAACGUGCACUGUUUCUGUGGAACAAUGAUCAUAUCAGAAAUUUGAUAAUACAAAACUGCAAAGUUAUACUACCUAUAAUCUUCCCUGCUUUGGAGAAAAAUGCACGGGGCCACUGGAACCAAGCUGUCCAGAGCUUAACUCUGAAUGUGAGAAAAAUAUUCUCUGAUGCAGAUCAAACACUUUUUGAUGAAUGCAUGAUCAAAUUCCAAGAAGACGAAAUCAAUGAACGAGAGAAGCAAGAGAAGCGGGAAUCCACGUGGAAGAAUUUGGAAGACGUGGCUAUUGCAUCCACAUAUUUAAGCAAUGAAGCAGUUCUUGCAUCAAAGUUCGCUUCCGUUGCUACAGUGCAAAACAACUACUGA